AUGCCGACCGUCAAAAGCAAAAAGAAGAAACCAAAGAAGGAAGUGAUAGAAGGAGAUGAGCAGGGAGAAGUUGGUCUGGACAUGGAGAUGGAGGAGGCAGCCAAUCGAAGCCAGUCUGACAACAAAGACCCUUUGACUCCGGAGCCCCAAGAACCUGCACCACAGAGAAAGAAGAAGAAGAAGAAACCCAUUCUAGAUCAGGAAGGAGAGCAUGCUGGCAUGCCUAAUGGUGAUGUGGCCGAACCAAUUACAGAUGGUGAGGAAACUACCACUGCUGUUACCAGGAAGAUUAAAAGGAAGAGGAGGGCGAAGACAAUUGAAAACUACAACAAUGACCUGGGAGCAGAAGAUGAUGACAUCAUCACAUACCUCCACCCUUCCAUCCCUCAGCAUUCCCUGUUUUCGGCUCCCAUUGGGCACAGCCAGCCAGUCGGCAAAGUCUUUGUUGAGAGGAACAGGCGUUUCCAGGCAGAGCGUGUGGAGCAGCACAGGCAUUCAGAGCUGAUGGACGACUACAUGGAGGUCAGACAGCUCUGGACCACCAGAGACGUUGCUGUAAGAGUACACAAUGGAUUCAGGGUCAUAGGUCUGUUUUCCCAUGGCUUCCUGGCUGGAUAUGCAGUAUGGAACAUCAUAGUGGUGUAUGUGCUGGCCGGAGAGCAGCUCACCACCCUACCAAACCUGCUACAACAGUACCACCGACUGGCUUACCCAGCACAGUCCCUGCUCUACCUGCUACUGGCUAUUAGCACAGUGUCAGCGUUUGAUCGGGUGAAUCUCGCCAAGGCCUCCAUGGCUCUGAGGGGUUUUCUCACACUGGACCCUGCUGCCCUGGCAUCCUUCUUAUAUUUCAUAGCACUGAUCCUGUCCCUGAGUCAACAAAUGACCAGUGAUCGCAUCAACCUCUAUCCUACAGCCAAUGAAACUCUUUGGCCACCAGGUUCAGAGCACCAGAUCUUACAGCCGUGGAUAGUGGUUAACCUGGUGGUAGCUCUGUUGGUGGGCCUGGCCUGGGCCUUCGUCUCCACACGACCAGAGAUAGACUACACCGAGGAUUUUUUGAUGGCAAUGGAGGUGGAGGGAUACCCGAGAGGCGACGAGAACCUCGACAUUCCUGCCUGA